AUGGACCGCUUCAAACCCGUACUGGUGCUGAAACAGACCUUGGCCCAUCACAGGGUCCUCACUAGCAUAUUUACAAGAAGACUACUGUUUGUCAUGCUGGUGCCUUUGGCGAUUUUGGGGUUGAUUAUUGUGUCUACUCACUCGGUUCAUGCUGGUUUGUUGACUGCCGGGCCGUUGACCGAAAUAGGCCACCUCUUCAGAAUAGGCGAGAUUGAUAAGUCUUUCAAAAGAUACCCCGAAUUAUCACCUAUUGUCGAAAGAUUGAACCACUUGCAAGAGUAUGAUAAACUGAAUGUCACUAGUUUUGCCGGCAACCUUGACAUCAACGAGAUGCAAAUCAGCGAUUACUCCGAGGUCUCUUGCGAUAACAUCCGGUAUAACGGCGAGUUGAGAAGUCGCUCUGCCGUUUUGAAAGACAGUAUGAAAGAUAUUAGAGCGGAGUUGUUGAAGUCCCCCUGGGAUGGAUAUGUCGCUGAUAAGGAUGAGCUGAAGAUGGACCCAAGACAGGUUCUGGCUGAGAGAUGGUACAGAUUCGUUGCUGCCUCCCAGUGGCUUGAGAGUGAGCAAGUGCACUUGGUUGUUAGUAGGAUCAUGUAUGUGACGUCUGGUGAUCGCGAGAAUCCAAAAAUCUCAUUCUUGAAAGCCCAGACCUUUGACAAGACAUGGAAGGAGGUCAAAACUUCAAUACGGUAUAUCGACGUCGAUACCUCAGAGGAAGAUUACCGGGAUGAACCUGAAGCUUCUGAUUUUGUAAAUUUUCCCAUGAUCCUGGAUAUUCCCUUCCACUACCAAAGGAGAACUCCAUCUGGUCCAGAAGACCCCAGAAUGACCCUGAAAAAGGGUAACAUGGGCACCGAACCCGUGAUCACAUUUUCAAUGCUCACACGUUUUGAAGGGCGUAGAUCUAUGCACGCAUUUUUCCCGUUGAGAAAGAAAUCCAAUCUGGUCAAGUUCAGAAUUAGUGGCGAGGACGAGAAGGAGGUUGAAAAGGACUGGUCUCCGUUCUUUACCAAACAAGUUUAUGACUCCCAACACUCGAAAGGUAUGAUCCAUUUCAUCUACAACCACAACCCCCUUACUGUGCUGAAGUGUAAUUUGGAUUACGGAAUCUGUUUUAAGGUUCAGAGCAAUUCGGACCAUGCAGCUGACGAUGGUUCAAUUGUGUCCGGCACCAACCUGAUGCCAAUUCCACGGGACUACAAGUUACCAAAGGGAGUUGAAGCCUGGGUUGGCUUCCCCCGUAUAACAGAGUACGAUGUUGGAUGCACUCAAACAGUCCAAAGGUCUGGUAUGUUCUUGCUUGUAUCCGACCCACAGGGCCAGUUUAGAGUAGAUUUGGUCUCACAGGCGCUGGAUUUCAAUAGCGUACCAACUUCAUAUAACGGGGCUGGACCGGUAUGCAAGGGAAAACACAACAUCUACACAGUUACAUCAGUUUCGUACUGGGAAGUCGUUGAAGAACCACAGUUUCAGACUCGUUGGGAUGCCAUGGGGCUCAUGAUUACGGACGGAGAUCUGAAGGUGAGACGCAUGGUGCUUGUGGGGGUGAUGGAGUAUUUGACCAACAUGUACAGCUCGAUGCCAAUUACAGACCCAUUCCUUGAGGAUGGUGAGAAGUCGAGAAAGACCGCUAGGACGACGCAGUGUGCGUUGGAGUUGAGCAGACAGCUGGCUGUAGCAUAUGCAGAGGCCAACCCUGUUCCUGAAGAGAUACCGGAAGUGGUUGCCGAGGUUUUGAAUACCAAAUUCGAAGAUGAGAAGACCGAGGAGAAGACCGAGGAGAAGACCGAGGAGAAGACCGAGGAGAAGACUGAGGAGAAUACUGAGGAGAAGUCUGAGGAGAAGUCUGAGGAAAAGACUGAGGAGAAGUCUGAGGAGAAGUCUGAGGAAAAGACUGAGGAGAAGUCUGAGGAAAAGACUGAGGAGAAGUCUGAGGAAAAGCCCGAGGAAAAGCCCGAAGAGAAACCUGAGGACAAAUCCGAGGAAAAGCCCGAGGAAGCUACCGAAAAGCCUUCCGAAGAAAAAACCGAAGAGACUGCUCCAAACACGGAACAACCCUCCAAUGAUUCCGAAGAGAAUCUGGAGAAUAAACCCGAAUUUACGCCCAAAGAAAAUGCCGAUACCGAGACCUCAGAUUCGGAUAAACAAAACCCCGAUAACUAG